AUGUAUUCAACCUUAACUAUACUGUUCAUCGUAUUACAAAGUUUGUUCGCAUUAACAAUAGGUCAAACAUGUCGAAAUUUAUCAGCCUAUGCACCUUGUUCAACUAAUCCCGAUUGCGGUUGUCUACCGUUUUCAUCAUCAAAUGAUCAAAGUGGAAUUUGUGCAUAUCUUCAUUUAAAUGCUUCAAAACUAAGAACAUGUAGUGAAAUAAAUUAUUAUUGUGAUCAACCAUAUGCUGUUUGUGUUCAUCAUCCAAAUUUAUCGAUAGAUCGACCAUUGUGUUAUCCAACUGGUAUGGCUACAUUAGAUCUUUGUCCGCCAUUAAGUUCAAUGUCAACUUCGUCUCCAUCACCAGUAAUACCUGUUGAAGAGAUUUGUGUUAAUGUAAGCUGGUCUAAACUCGGUAUAACUGUUGCUGGAAGUAAUUUUAGUGGUACUGCAUUAGAUCAACUUCGAAGUCCGACUGCGAUUUUGUUUGAUUUGAAAACGAAUACACUCUAUGUUGCUGAUAAUGGAAAUGCACGUAUUGUAGCAUGGCAAUCAGAUGCUAAACGUGGAACUAUUAUAGCUGGAGAUAAUGGACAAGGAAAUAGAACUGAUCAACUUGGUUGGAUAGCAGAUAUGUUAAUUGAUCCAAAAGAUGGAAGUUUAAUUAUAUGUGACGCACGAAAUCAACGAAUUGUUCGAUGGUCACGACGUGCUCAAGAGGGAGAAAUACUUAUUGAUAAGCUCUAUUGUACUGGGUUAGCAUUUGAUGAUCAAGGUUUACUUUAUGUUACUGAACAUGAAAAUCAUCGAGUUACUCGAUGGAUAUUAGGAGAAAAUAUAAUAAAUGAUCAAGUAGUAGCUGGUGGUAAUGGUAAAGGUAAUCGACUUGAUCAAUUAUAUGAACCUUCGGCUGUUUUCGUUGAUCGAAAUCGAACUGUUUAUGUAGCAGAUUAUUCUAAUGAUCGAAUUAUGAAAUGGACAGAAUAUGCAAAAGAAGGAAUUAUUAUAGGACAACUACGAUGGCCUAGAACAAUUCAUCUAGAUCAAUCAGGUAAUAUUUAUUCAAUCGAUGGAUAUUAUAGCAGAGUUGUUCGUUGGACACCAAAUAAUGUCAAUGGUACAACCAUCAUUGGUCAACAACAAUAUACUCUUAGUCAAGCAAAUGAUUUAGCAUUUGAUCAAGAUGGAAAUGUAUUUGUUUCAAAUCUUGGUACUGGUCGUAUUGAUAAAUUUAAUAUUGAUCGAAGUGCUUGUCCUUAA